AUGUAAAUUGUGUAUAGAUCAAUAAAAAAUAGGUUAAAUACAAAUAUAAAGGAAGGAUAAAUGAAGUUAUAAUGUUUAGAAUUACAAAAUUAGAAAAUGAAGCGAUCUCAUUCUUUUGAUUUACCUUUAAUAACCUUAUUAUCAUCAGGUCUUUAGUCGAAAAUGUAACCCAAAUUUAAAAAUAUGCUGUUGAUACCAAACUAAUCGAAUUAUAGAAAUUCAGCAAGAAAAUCAGUAAGAUCAGAAAAACCAGAUAUAAUGGAUGCAAUAUCGUUAGCAAGUUAAGCAGUAUCUGAAACUCCUAAAUAGAAAGGAAAUAUAAGGAGAGCCAGUUAAUAUGAUCACAUUAGUAUGAAGUAAAAAAGAUUAGAUAGUCUUGCUCCUUUUGUGUUUGUAUAUUAGCAUUCAAGAGAUAAUGUAGUUUAUAAGAAGAAAAAGUUGAAUCGAAUAAAAAUGCAGUAUAGUAUAUGAAUAAUGCAAUUAGAAUUUAUGAAAAGAUCAAACCUUAAGAAGCAAUAGAAAGUUUCGGGUAGUAGAAGUUGUUUAUUGCCGUAAUAGUAAAGAAUUACACACAAGAGAGCUAAAACAAUUAGUGAUUAUUAAUAUUCAGGUCCAAUAUUAAAAUUGGAUACUGAAUUAGAGAAAAAGAUCAGAAUGUUAGUUUAUUCAUAAAGAUGCUCUCGUUUGAUAUUAAAAAGAAAGACAUGUAUUUAAGAGCCUUAGAAUAAUAUAUUUGUAUCAAGAGAUAGAUUGUUAAGAUAUUAAGAAGUGAUGUCAAAGAGAUUUGUAAAUUUAUAAUAAAUAAAUUGGAUUAGGAUUAAGCUGAUUCUUCUUGUGAAUCAUCUCCUUAGAUGAUGACAAAGAUGUAAUUUAAGAAGACUUAAUUUAGUAAGAUUUAGAUAGUAGUAGAAAAUACAUUAAGUUAAUAUUUGACUCCUAGAUUACAUGGAGAUUAAAAUAUAAAUAAUUUGAGUAGAAAGGCUUCUCAUAGUAUUAUAGCUUAAUAUGUGAUGGAUAAAAAUAGGAAUUUAAAGAGUAGUGUUUAAAAUUUGCCAUUAAUAAAAUAACCAAGUUUGAAUGAGUUUAAUAAAUAUUUUUUGGCUUAGAAAAGAAGUGUAGAUGUAGAAAGAAUGACUUAAUAAUUAAUAAAAUCAAAAUCGUAAGAUAAUGGAAAUAAAUAGAUUUAGUUAAAUUAAAAACAAAGUUAAUUUAUCAAUAAGCAGAAAAACAUUUUGAUUUAGUAGAAAUCAGAGUGUUAAUUAAAUUAGAAUAUACGUAUCAGAACAUUGCCUAGUGAUAUGAUAAUGAGUAAAAAUAAAAUGAGGUUACAGUAAAAGUUGAGACCUUAUUUAAAAUGA